AUGCCCAUUUUUCUGGUUAGCCAACUUGUUGAUUCGUCAAAGAAGAGUGGAGCAAGAGCUUUGGUGGGCGGUUCUCUUCCUACAGAAGAUUCGUUCAAGAAAGGCUGUUUCUAUCCGGCUACGAUUCUAGCUGAUUGCACUCCUAAUAUGGACUGUAUGCGUAACGAAAUAUUCGGUCCUGUGGCUCCAAUCUGCCGGUCAGAGGCUGAAGCUAUCGAAAUGGCCAAUGAUACUCCACAUGGCCUGGCCGCUUAUGUGUACACAAACGAUAUUCGACAGGCAUGGCAUAUCUCCGAGCAACUUCAAUUUGGAAUGGUUGGUGUGAACAGUCCCAGAGUGAGUGCACCAGAAAUGCCGUUCGGUGGGAUCAAGGAUUCCGGAAUGGGUCGUGAGGGUGGCCCGGACGCAUUACACGAGUUCAUGGAUGCAAAAACUAUAAAUUGGGAUUUGCUUUAG